AUUAGAGUGCUUGACUGUAAGAGUUGACUUCAACAGAGAAGUUUCAGCUUGCUCUUUGUGUCUUUGGAUCCUGGGACAUGGAGCCUUUCCAGGUGCUGCUCGUGGUCCUCCUGACCGCUUCGUCUCACGCUCAGUCCUUCCACCCCGGAGAGUGUCCCCAGCCGCCCGUCCAGCGGGAUUUCGACGUGUCGAAGUACAUGGGGACCUGGUAUGAAAUCGAGCGGCUCCCAGCCGUGUUUGAGAGAGGGACAUGUAACCAGGCCACGUACAGUCCGCUCGCUGACGGGACGGUCAAAGUUCGCAACGCAGAGCUUCUGUCAAAUGGGAAGAGAAGUACCAUCGAGGGUGUUGCCAAAGUCAUAAACCCGUCUGAACCGGCGAUAUUGGGUGUCAGCUUCUUUAAAGGCGUUCCCGACGCUCCCUACUGGGUGCUCUCCACCGACUACCACUCCUUCUCUCUGGUGUACUCCUGCACCAACUACUUCCUCUUCCACGUGGACUACGCCUGGAUCCUGGCUCGCACUCGGGCGUUGGCUGACGAUGUCAUCGGCCCGUUACGCCACCAGCUGGCCGCCGCCGGCGUGAACACGAACCGCCUGACAGUCAGUAAUCAGACUGGAUGCGAUCAGACCUCAGCCAAGGUGAAUGAGCGACCAAUCAUCGGAGUUCUGGCCCAGGAGGUUUCUUCCCCCAAAGCCAACCGGGCCUCCUACAUCGCCGCCUCCUACGUCAAGACCCUGGAGUCAGCGGGGGCGAGGGUGGUGCCCGUCAUGAUCAACCAGACACCGGAGGAGUACCAGGCACUGUUCGCCUCCAUUAACGGAAUCCUGUUCCCGGGGGGCAGCGCCAGCAUCUUGUCGUCCGGCUACCAGCGAGCCGCGAAGAUAUUUUACGAACUCGCUCUUGAGGCGAACAAGCGGGGCGACUACUUCCCGGUGUGGGGGACCUGCCUCGGGUACGAGCAGCUGGCCGUGCUGACCAGCGGCGAGGACCUGCUGUCGCGCACCAACACCAGCGGCGUGCCGCUCCCUCUGAACUUAAUGGAAGGAGCCAAAGGCAGCCGGAUGUUUGAAGGCUUCCCAGCAGAGCUCAUGGAGGACCUGGCCUCCGAGCCGCUGACGGCCAACAUGCACAAGUGGAGCGUGACGCUGUCGACUCAUAAAACCAACAAUCAGCUGAACAGCUUUUACAAAGUUCUCUCCACAAACACGGACGGGACGACGGAGUUCGUGUCAACGGUUGAAGCGUUCGAUUACCCGAUUUAUGGGACUCAGUGGCACCCGGAGAAGAACGCGUUUGAGUGGAGGCAGCCGUACAUUCCUCACUCCCCGGCGGCGGUCAGGAUCUCCUUCUACACGGCGCAGUUCUUCGUCAACGAGGCCAGGAAGAACUUUCACAGGUUUGAAUCCGAGGAGGAGGAGAGGAAAGCGCUGAUAUACAACUUCAGUCCCGUCCACGCGGCGCCCCAGAGCGGCUUUGAGCAGAUCUAUUAUUUCUGAUGGAGCUGCAGGAUUUCCUUCUGACAAAGUAAGGCACAGUGACUAAAACACUUGAUGAAACGAGCGUCACAAUAAAACCGUAGGCAAGUGAAUUCCAUCUGCGUCACUGAUACACACGAGUCGAGGCUACGAGAUGAACAUCGAGGGGGGGGGGGGGGGC